AAGAGGUCCCAACAUCAUCAACAAAUGUGUUUCAUCCUCCCGGAGAAAAAACUUCCGAAGCUUUAUUGAAGAAGAAUGGUUGAAUGUGACUGUCCAACAAUUACUGGCUUAGUUCAAAGAAAGCCUGGCCGUGGUGCCACGACUUCUUCUGUUAGCUGUUCUGACAAAAUAGCACGCUGGAAUGUUGUUGGAAUACAAGGUGCAAUGCUUUCCUACCUGCUCCAACCUGUUUAUAUUUCUUCAGUCACUAUUGGGCAAUCAUGCAGUAGUUCUCAAACCCUUUCUCUGAAGGAAAACUUGAGGAGGGCAUUGUAUGAUAGGCUAACACCUAUAUCAAAUAUGUUAGUUGAUCCUUUUCUAAUUAAUGAGCCUUUAUUUUUUGAAGCUCCUGUCCCACCUAAGGAAUUUCAGCAUCUUGGUUCUGCUCAGGCGACUUUAACGUGUGGGUACUCCAUAUGCUGGAAUAAACAUGAAUUACAUGAGGUUAUCCUUGGGACAACUGGAAGAAAGCAAGGAACCUCUUCAAAGGGAGCAUUAUUUCCAUCCACGGAGUCAUCCUUGUGCAAGAGGAGAUUGUUGGAAUGUUUUUUGUCAUCGAGGUGCAAUUCUUUGGAUGAUUGGAAAAACAAAACGAUGUCAUAUAGAGAACUUAAGGUAACAUGGCAUUGGCUUUGA